AUGUUUUAUGCGGUGAUCUGGAUUUUCUGUGCCACUCUGUUGGCCAUCUGGUUUGGAGCAGUUCGAAAGCCCAAGCGGUUUCCUCCAGGACCUUGUUGGUAUCCGGUUGUAGGAAGUGCCCUGCAGGUUUUUCAACUACGUUGUCGCCUUGGAAUGUUUUGCAAGGUGAUCGACGUGUUAGCCAAGCAGUACGUGAAUCCUUAUGGGUUCUUCGGCCUCAAGAUUGGCAAGGAUAAGGUGGUGAUAGCCUAUACGAGCGAUGCCAUCUGUGAAAUGAUGACCAACGAAGAUAUUGACGGCCGUCCCGAUGGUAUAUUUUAUCGUCUAAGAACCUUCAAUUCCCGGUUGGGAGUACUUUUAACCGACGGUGAAAUGUGGGUGGAGCAGCGUAGAUUCAUUCUGAGACAUCUGAAGAACUUUGGCUUUGCCAGAAGUGGCAUGAUGGAUAUAGUGCAUAAUGAGGCAACGUGCUUGCUGCAGGACUUAAAGGACAAGGUGCUGAAGUCAGGAGGAAUGCAGGCGAGGAUUGAAAUGCACGACCUAACGAGUGUUUAUGUUUUGAACACUCUCUGGUGCAUGCUGAGUGGUAGAAGAUAUGAACCUGGUUCUCUGGAGAUUACGGAAUUGCUGGAGACCUUUUUUGAGCUCUUUAAAAACAUCGAUAUGGUGGGUGCUCUAUUCAGCCACUUUCCGCUGCUUCGAUUCAUAGCUCCGGACUUCUCUGGCUACAAUGGUUUCGUGGAGAGUCAUAGAUCCUUGUAUUCCUUUAUGAGCAAAGAGAUCGAGCUGCAUCGCUUGACAUAUAAGAACUACGACGAACCAAGAGAUCUGAUGGAUUCGUAUCUCCGUGCCCAGGACGAGGGAAACGAUGAUAAGGGAAUGUUCAGUGAUGAGAGUCUCCUAGCCAUUUGCUUGGAUAUGUUCUUGGCUGGGUCCGAGACCACGAACAAGAGUCUGGGCUUUUGUUUUAUGCACCUGGUUCUGCAGCCUAAAAUCCAGGAGAGAGCUUUUCAGGAAAUCAAGGAGGUAGUCGGUCUGGAGCGCAUACCCGAGUGGUCCCGCGAUCGCUCCAAUUUGCCAUACUGCGAAGCUAUUACAUUGGAGGCGGUUAGGAUGUUCAUGCUCCACACUUUUGGCAUACCGCAUCGAGCCGUGUGCGAUACUCGAUUGUCGGGAUAUGAAAUUCCAAAGGACACUAUGGUCAUAGCCUGUUUUAGGGGAAUGCUGAUCAACCCAGUUGACUUUCCGGAUCCUGAGACAUUCAAUCCUGACAGAUACCUUUGCAAUGGCCAUCUGCAACUACCAAAAGCCUUCAACCCCUUUGGAUUCGGACGUCAUCGCUGCAUGGGAGACCUGUUGGGGCGACAGAAUCUGUUUAUGUUCACGACUACAGUGCUACAAAACUUUAAAAUGGUGGCCAUUCCUGGUCAGGUGCCGGAGGAGGUGCCGCUCGAGGGAGCCACCGCUGCGGUGAAGCCAUAUGACAUCAUGUUGGUGGCUAGAGAGCAGGAAUAGGGAUUAUGGCGUUUAAUUUAAACUUCGCUCGACACGGAUUGGGGUUUACAAUAAUAUUGAAUCAUCCUCCAUUUUCCGUUUGAAUUGAAAUAUAGGUUGCGUUUUUCUUACAACAUGUUAAGCCUAUUUUUUAGAAUUUAUGGAAUGGACUGAAAAAAAAAGAUCAAUUACAGCCCCUUGCACUUUCUUCGCGUUCAAUAAAAUAUAAAUCAGUAUAUAUUACACAAUUUAUGUUUACAUUCUCUAAUUAAACAUUUAAUUAUCAAUAUCAUUAUAAUUAUUAUUGUUCAUCUGGUUGUUGAUUUGUAGUCUACGAAGUUUUCACUUAGUUCAAUUCCACUCGGUUACUGAGCGAUUCCAACAAAAGCAUUUCUUUAUGCGGUAUAUGCAAUAUACAAAAGAAUGAAUGAAUAUACAAAAAUCUAGCGUACAAAUAAAUAUUGCCACACAAAUGUUCAGUUACACAAUGGAUUAGAAUGCGAAUGGGAUUUGGCUUUCUCUUCUUCCGUUUGUUAUUUAAAGCUAUUUGUUUAUAUGCAUACGCUAUUGUUAAUGGAAAACAAUUGUUGCUCCUCGUCCUCGACAUCUACGUAUAUAGUUAUUUAAAAAUUGUAAUUUGUGUUCCGUUUUCGUUUUACUUAGGUUUUCUUGAUUUUUCCUUUAUAAUUCUCACUCUGAGCCAGCCGCUUGACACUGGGCUUACAUGAUCUAGAUUUGUGUAUAAAUAUAUGAUCGUGUUCGUGUAUAUAAUAUUUGUAAAACUCUCAAAGCAAGCCAGCCAAUUGCCAAAAAACAUUCAACUUAGCUGCAUUUCCAAGCACUUCUAUUCGUAAAGUAAAACUGCAUUUUGAUUCGCGAAACUUAAGUAUCUGCACCCGUGUGAAUGUGGUGAUAUAUAUUUUAGAAUAAUAUAAAAGUCGGUCUAUAUUACAAUUAAUGGUUGCUGCUGCACAAAACUUUCUUGGUCCGUAAUUCCCCAACGAGAGGAAGAGUAUGAUUAUUGAUAACAUUGAUUGGUUAGGACUUAAGAUUGUGACGAUAUGAAAUAAAUAAAAACAAGAGAGAACGCUAUAGUCGAGUUCCCCGACUAUCUGAUACCCGUUACUCAGCUAGUGGAAGGGAGAAGGAGAGUCUUGAACACAGUUUUUGCCGGUUUGUAGGCGUUA